UAUGGGAGGUGGCGGAGUCGUGAGGUCGGUAGCAAAGGUUGCCGGGAUCGGCGGCGUUGUCCACGGUGGCAUACUCCGCGGCGCGCUGGGCGUUUCUUCGCCGACUGGCCAUUCGGUCCGCAAGGCCUCAAUUCCCGUGGCAGCGACCCUCACGGCUCAGAAUAACGGCGGAGCUGAAGUGGCGGCGAUCGAGAAGCUUGCGUGGGACGCUGGCGACGAAUUUGUCGACUGGCAGGUGGUCGGCGCUGGAGAAGAUGAUCUGGUGAUGUCGGGUGGCGAGCCGAUGCCGAGGGUUGUCUUCGACGCUGCGCCGAGCUUCAAGGAGGCCAAAGAGGCCACCGCUGAAUUGAAAGACGCCCUCGAUAAGGUAUAUCUUUCUUCACCCAAAUCUACCGAUUUUGGGGAAGUGUCUGCUGCUGAUAAUGUGGCUGGACUGUCUCUGAUCACAAACCCUGAACCCGAGGAGAUGGAAUCCCUGCUUCUUGCUAGGACUUCGGUGCCGAAACAUGCUCUUCAUGCAUUUGAAAUGCUGAGUCGAAGUUCUGAAGCUCAGAAUGUUGUUGCUUCAAUUGCAAGUGAUCCGAAUAUCUGGAAUGCUAUGAUGGAAAAUUCUGCGGUCAAGCAAUUUAUGGCCAACAAGAACUAUAAUCGUUACAUGGAAGAAUAUGCGGCAGAUACCUAUCCAGUUUCACACAAGAAGCUUGAAGACGAAUCAGAGAAAUCUGACCGCUUGGAAGAUAUGCUCGGUGGUUUUGUGCAGAAAAUCAAGCUGACAGUGGAGAAGUGGGUCAGUGAUUUUUCGUCAUUCAUCCAGAACAUUUUCGAACCCCCUGCAGCUGAGACUGAAGCGGAUGGAGGGAAUACAAAGUCAGUUGUAGCAUCUGCAUUCAUGGGACUAGCAGUUAUGGUUGUUAUGGUGGUCUUGCUGAAGCGUGCCUAG